CUGUGUGUAACUGGCUAGGUUACGCAGCUACAAAGCGGGAAUAAGUAGAACUAUGGUACAGAGGACUGCAUCCGAGCAAAUAUAAAAUGAGCUUAGAAGCGAUAAAAUAUAAAAAAGGGAGGCUCGAGAUCCUGAAUCAGUUGCUUUUGCCUCAUGAGUCCACGUAUGAGGUCGUGUCGGACACAGAAGACGGCUGGAAGGCUAUUAGAGAAAUGAAGGUACGUGGGGCCCCUGCAAUUGCCAUUGUUGGUGCUCUGAGUUUGGCCGCAGAAAUCUAUUCCAAACCCUUUGCAUCAUCAGAAGAACUUGCAGAGUUUGUGAAGCAAAAACUGCAAUAUCUAAACACAGCAAGGCCCACAGCCGUAAACAUGACCAAUGCUGUUAUAGAGCUUACUGCAUUUGUAGCAGAUUUAACCAAAUGUUCUCCAAAAGAUAUGAAACAAAAGCUUCUUUCAAAAAUAGAAGGUAUGCUUUCUGAGGACAUUGCUCAGAAUAAAGCAAUUGGGAAAUUCGGAGCAGAGAGUAUUCUUGGUGCUGUUGGUGGUCCAGUCCGCAUGCUUACUCACUGCAACACAGGCUCAUUGGCUACAGCUGGGUAUGGCACAGGCUUAGGAGUUAUACGCUCCAUACAUGAAAUGAAGCAACUUGAGCAUGUAUACUGCACAGAGACCAGGCCAUACAACCAGGGCUCUAGGCUGACUGCAUAUGAACUGGUGUAUGAAAAGAUACCAUCAACACUGAUUGCUGACUCCGCAGUAUCUAUGGCAAUGAAAACAAAGAAGAUUAGUGCUGUUGUUGUGGGGGCUGAUAGGAUAGCAUGUAAUGGUGAUACCGCUAAUAAGAUUGGCACCUAUCAGUUAGCACUUGCAGCUAAGCAUCAUGAGAUUCCUUUCUAUGUAGCUGCUCCUGUGACCUCAAUUGAUUUCUCUUUGGUCAAUGGAGAUGCUAUUGUGAUAGAGGAGAGAUCACCUUUGGAACUGACAUCUGUUAAAGGAAUACCUGUGGCAGCAUCAGGGAUUGGGGUCUGGAACCCAGCCUUUGAUGUAACACCUGCAGGACUCAUAACUGGCAUUGUCACCGAGCAUGGGACCUUCUCCCCUCAGGAGAUGAAAGACAAACUGCUUGCACUGAAGGGAUGACUCGAAGGAUUUUGACAUUAUUGAAAAUCAGAGGGAAAAAAAGAACAUUUAAAGUAUGAUUUGAUAGAGACAGUCUGCAGCACAAUGUCAGAGCAAAAGGCUGAAGGUUAGUUCCAUUCUUUCCCUAUGGCCAUACAAUCCCCCCUUUUUUGUGGGUGGGGGGGGGGGGGGGGGUGGCCACAGUUAUUCCUUGAAUUUGGGGAGCAGGCAGCAUUUUAUUUUAUUCCUUUGUAAAGUUCUGUCCAUGGGGUAAUAGAGGAGGCUGCCACCCACCCCUGGACUACAUGAUCCUGCACCACUACCAUGGUAAUUAGAACUAUCCGAACAACAUAAUCUGUGUACAUUUAUUGUAUAGCUAUGUAAUGUUUUUGUGUUAAAAGCAGAAAGGCUAAAGACUUUACUGUACCUGUUGCUAAUGAGGGAGUUUUUUUUUUCGUCAUCUUGUGUAUUGACCCAUCCAAAACAGUAUUGUCUAAGUAGAAUAAAAACAGAUCAAAACAGCAAGGAAUUAGUUAAAUGUACAGUAAAAUUACAUUUUUUCUUUGCUAUGUGGAGAGAAAGCAUAAUGAUGUCGAAUAAAAGCAGAAUAGCCUUGA